AUGGAACCGGAGCCGUCCCUUGCCGCUCUCCUCAAGGCUAUCACAGCCCUCACAGCCACAGUUGGGUCCUUGCAGGACCAAAUCAAAUCACAAGGCAAGCAAAUCACACAGCUCACCGCCAUAUGCAAGGAAACCAACAACCUUGUUGGUGACAAGGACCAGGGCAGAGCCCAAACCAAGCCUGGCCCAUUGACUCAGGAGGGGAAACCCACACUCCAGGCAUGGUUAGGCCUGGGCUCAAGGCUCCCUUCUGCCCUUCAAGAGGAACAGGGGUCCAGCGUAAAAAGGCCCAAGAUGGACCUCCCCGACCCCUAUAAAGGAGACACCAGGGGACGCAAGGCCACACAAUGGCUGGACCGCAUGCUGCUCUGGGUGGCCCUACAUAGGGACCAAUUCGACAAGGAGGAACAAAUGGUCGUGUGGAUACUUUACCACAUGACAGAUAAGGCAGCUGAUUGGGCACUCCCUGUCAUAGGAGCCAUCAUCAAGGGCAAGGGCAAUCCGCCAACCACUAUCCCGGCCUUAACGGCCAAAUUUAAAGAAGCCUUUGCAGACCCAGACGCAAAGCAGGCAGCCGCCAGGAAAAUUGCCGCGCUCACUCAGACCACCACCACGUCUGAGUACGUUACCGAAUUCCGCAACAUCAUCGCGGAAUUAGACUGGAACAAAGAAGCAUAUAUUGCCCAGUUCACGCGCGGCCUUCACUGGAAGGUCAAGGAACUCUUGUCCACCAAGGAUAGUAUUCCCAAUGACUUGGAAGCUAUUUUUGCCACCUCCAUCAAAAUCAAUAACAUUUGUCGGGAAAACAAGGAGAAUCGCCCAAAGAAACAGCCCGCCAAAUCCCUGGCCACCGUGGCCACUACUUCCACCACCACCACUCAACAAGUCCGCUUAUCCAAGGACCCAAAUUACGUAACUCCAGAAGAAAGGGACCGCCGUUGCGCAUCUGGCCUUUGUGUCAAGUGCGGCCAAAAGGGGCAUAGCAUUAAACAGUGCCCUAAUGGGUGGAAGGCUACAAUCAAGGAGGUGGCCAAAGUCCACCUCACGGUUUUGGCCAACGGCCAUCCCCACUCCAUUCCCUUUCUUGUUUGUCCCAUUGGCAAUACCCCAGCAAUUCUCGGCAUGACUUGGUUAACAAUGGAAGCUCCUCUUAUUGAUUGGCAACAGGGGCUAAUCACCUUUCCUGAACAAGCACAGAUUGCCUCGGAGGAAGAAGCGGACCCGGAUUCUCUAGCAGAUCUUCCCCCUCAAUACCAUGAGUUUGCUAGGGUAUUUGGAGAAGAGGAAUUUAAGGUCUUACCCCCUCACAGGGAAUACGAUAUUGCAAUAGGCCUUAUUCCUGAUGCCAAACUCUCCCCAGGUCCAAUCUAUGGCAUGACCAACGCAGAAUCAAAAGCGCUAAAAAAGCAUAUUGAUGAAGAACUGGUCACAGGCAAGAUCCGCCCUAGUACCUCCUCCGCCAGCGCUCCAGUAAUGUUUGUCAAAAAGGCUGAUGGUUCCCUCAGACUGGUUGUUGAUUACAGGAAGUUGAAUGACGUCACCCAUAAGAACGUGUAUCCCUUACCAAGGCAGGAUGACCUCAUGGCUAAACUUAGGCAUGCCAAAAUCUUCACAAAAUUGGAUUUAUGCUGGGGGUAUAAUAACGUUCGAAUUAAGGAAGGUGACAAAUGGAAGACAGCCUUUAGGACUAAAUAUGGCCUAUUCAAAUAUCUAGUCAUGCCCUUUGACCUCAUUGAUGUUACUGUGGUUAUCUACUUGGACGACAUCCUGAUCUUCUCAGAGAACCCCAAGGACCACCCUACCCAUGUAAGGGAAGUUCUAUCUCGGUUAAUGAAGAAUCAGUUGUUUUGCAAACUCUCAAAGUGUCACUUCCAUGUUACCACGGUGGAUUACUUGGGUAUUGUCAUCUCCCCGACAGGCUUUUCCAUGGAUCAAAAGAAGAUUGAGGCAAUUACAACAUGGCCCCAACCCCAAACGGUCAAACAGGUUCAAGCCUUUCUAGGGUUUGUCAAUUACCUUAGACGCUUCAUCCCCAACUUCAGCUCUGUUGCACGUCCCCUACGCAACCUCACCAAAAAAGAGUCCCCUUGGUCAUGGGACGUAUUGGAGGAACAGGCUUUCCAGGAACUCAAGGCAUUGGUCACCAAGGCACCAGUCCUGAUCUACUCAAACCCCAAUUUGCCCUACUACCUGGAAACAGAUGCGUCAGGAGUAGCCAUGGGAGCAAUUCUCAGUCAGAGAGGGGAGGACAACCGCUUACACCCAGUGGCUUACAUGUCUAAAUCCUUCUCUGGUGCCGAGGCUAAUUAUGACACCCAUGAUAAGGAACUCCUAGCCAUAAUCAAGGCACUAGAGGAAUGGCGGAUUUUCCUAGAGGCAACGGACAGACCAAUUCAGGUAUUCACAGAUCAUAGAAACCUGGAAUAUUGGAUGCAGGCGCGCACGUUUAAUCAAAGGCACGCGCGUUGGCGGAUUUUUCUGAGCGACUUCAAUUUCGAAAUCCACUAUUGCCCAGGAAAACGAUCAGGAAAGCCGGAUGCAUUAUCCAGAAGGUCAGAUUACGUAGACACGCCCCCAGAACCAGAGGUCAUGUUACCAACAGAAGUCUUUGCUAAUACGUCAGAGGAAGAGUUUGAAAUCGUCACAGAAAUUUGUUCCAGAAUCAGGGAGGACCCAUCCCUGGAACCCAUUGUCCAAUUUCUCACAGAAGACGCGGACAAUGCACCUCCCUCCAUUCAAAAAGCUUACAGAGACUAUGAUUGGGAAGAGGAUCUUCUAUGGUACCGUGGGAAGCUAGUUGUUCCAGACUCAGAAAUCCUGAAAGAACAACUUCUGAAGGAAUUCCAUGACUCCCCACUAGCCGGCCACCCGGGUCAACAGAGAACCCUUGAACUUCUAAGUCGCAAUUACUGGUGGCCGGGCAUGAAAUCUUCUGCCAAGGAAUGGGUAGAAUGUUGCCCCACAUGCCAGGCUAACCGCCAAGCCCACACCCCGGUCAUUGCCCUCAAACCUCUGGAAGUUCCCCCCUAUCCGUUCCACACCAUCUCCUACAACUUUAUCACAGGAUUCCCAAAGUCAAAUGGCCACGACGCAAUCUUAGUAGUCAUUGACUCCUUCUCCAAAUUUGGGCAUUUUAUCCCAACUACCAAGAAGGUUACAUCUAAAGGCUUAGUGGAUCUAUUCAUCUCACAUGUGUCAUGCCCUAGAGGCGUGACCACCUUAAAAUCCACUAAGUCGAAGAAAUAG